GUUGUUCGCGAGAUGUCGAUUCUGUAAUUUACUCAUAACUUUCUAAACGUAAUAAGUAUGUAUUGGAAGACGUGUUUUGUGCAAACUGUGAUACUUAUUUUAGGAUAUUUCAUUAUAACCGAUGGUUAUGAACAAAAAUCAAGGGUAAAACGACCACGAGCUCCUCCCCCAGAACCUGAAAACGACGUAGAAAGUGAUUUCGAGGAACGGAACAAAGAAUUAAAUCCGAACUACGUACCUCCUGGAUUUCUUAGUCCGUCUGUCAUUGAAUAUCUAGAGCUAGGAAAAUCCAUACCAGGAAGACCCGGUUCUGAUUAUCCAGUUUUAAGCAUAGUGCCCUACACAAAUUUCUAUUGUGAUGAUCAAUCGUAUCCUGGAUUUUACGCGGAUACUGAAACACGCUGUCAAAGUUGGCACUACUGCGAUAUUGACGGAAGACAAACAACAUUCCUCUGUCCCAAUGGAACUCAAUUCAGCCAGCUAGUUUUCGUCUGCGAUUGGUGGUUCAACGUACGAUGCGACCUUAGUGAAAAGUUAUACAUAAUCAACAGCCGAUUGUAUGGUCGUCCCAAACUGGAUCCAACCAAACCACAUCGAACAAUCACCAAGCAAAUAUUAGAAGACAUUUUUAACGACGAGGAAACGUAGAUAAUCGCUAUCAGUGAUGUAUAUUAUAUCAUUGGACUUGAAGUAAAAUUCUAAAAGGACAAAUUAUGUAAUUUUGUGUCUGAACAAAAAAAGUCGUGACGAUCAGUUCUAAUUUGUACAGUUAUAGAAUAGAAAAUAGUUUUAAUUUAACUUAAGAGAGAUGUAUUUUGGGGGGCAAGUAAUUAUUAUAAUAAAUAGGUUUAAAACUUCGAAGAAGUGAUAAUUAUUUACAGAAGAAAUACUAAUUGUUUAAAAUAUUCGUAAAUUAAAAUGACUUUUAAUUUUUUUUAAACAAAAGUUUCUCCAGUUUUAUUUUCAUUUGUUUUUUCUAAUUUAAGUAUAUGCCUCUAAAUCAUACAUAAAAUUUGAAUGUCGUUUCUUAUUGUAAUGUUAUAAGAAAAAUCGUUGCCAUUUAAAUUUUAAUUUCUGAUUUGGAAGACGG